AACCUCGAGGGGGGGGGGGGGGAACUACCCGAUGCCCAAGGAGCUUAAGUAGUCCUCCCCCGAUAAACCAAACUCCACAGCAUCAGAAAGGCAAGCAUUCAGCUUGGUCAAAUUCAAGCCUUUUUAGCUAAUAAUGUCUCUUCAUGUUGCUUUGCUCCCAAGCUCCGGCAUGGGUCAUCUUCAACCAAUGCUUAGACUUGCUGCCUCUCUUAUCCGCCACCAAUGUUCAGUCACUUUAAUCACUUCUCACCCUAUUGUCUCUUCUGCUGAAUCUCAGCUUGUCUCCAAUUUCCUCUCUGCAUUUCCUCAGGUUAACGAGAAGAAGAUCACUCUCAUCCCCAUCGAUCCCACCACUGUUAAUACCACCGACCCUUUUUCAAUCCAAUGGGCCACCAUUUGCCACUCUGCUCACCUGUUUUCUCCCAUCCUCUCUUCAUUGUAUCCUCCACUCUCGUUCGUCGUCACCGAUAUAACAUUGCUGUCGUCUGUGAUCGAAAUCACUGAAAAUCUCCGUCUACCUAACUAUAUUCUCUCCAUUUCGUCGGCUCGGAUGUUUUCACUUGUCUCUUCUUUUCCUUCUAUCCCUUCAUCGAUCCCGAAGACAUCGAUUCCUCCGCAGGUUCUGGACUCGAGCAGCUACUUCGCAAAGAACUUCUCAGACGCCAGCAAGAGCAUCAAGCGUUUCGAUGGCGUUCUGAUCAAUUCAUUCGAAGGGCUCGAAAAGGAAUGCUUUGAGAUGCUUGCUGCUGCAGAGUUAACAGACGGGCUGCCGCCAGCUUUCCCCCUUGGACCGUUUCUGCCAUUGCCAUUCGAGGGGGGAUCUUCGUCUUCGUCUUCACCAUUCAUGAAGUGGCUGGACAACCAGAAGGAAAGUUCAGUGGUUUUCGUCUGCUUCGGCAGUAGGUCAUCAAUGUCCAAAGAGCAAAUAAGGGAGCUAGGCAGUGGACUAGUAAUAAGUGGAUACAAGUUUUUGUGGGUGGUGAGGACUAAAGUUGUUGACAAAGAAGAAAAAAGAGACGACUUAGAUGAGGUUGUAGGACACCAAGUGAUGAACAAAGUGAAGAACAACGAUGCGUUUGUUGUGAAAGAGUGGGUGGAUCAAUGGCGGAUACUGUGUCACAAAGCGGUGGGUUUGUUCCUAAGCCAUUGUGGAUGGAACUCGGUGGUGGAAACAUCUUGGCAUGGGAUCCCGAUCCUCGGAUGGCCACAUGCUGGAGACCAAAUGAUCGCUGGGGAGGUUACGGAGGCAGCUGGGUGGGGGGUUUGCAUGAAGAACUGGGGAUGGGGAAUCAAUAACCAUUUGGUGAAAGGGGAGGAGAUUGGGAACAAAAUCAAGGAGGUGAUGGAAAAUCAAACGGUUAGAAUCAAAGCUGAAAGAAUCGGAGAAGUGGCCAAGAAAACAACCGAGGCUGGUGGAAGGUGCGAUGAUGUGAUGAACAAGUUUCUUUAUAGCUUGAACAAGAACUAAACAAGUGAAUUUCGUGAACACUCCAUUGAUCUGUUGUGAUUUCUCUUUCGUCCGUGUUUUGUGUUAUUGUAUGCUUAGUCUUUUCUAUUACGUGUAAUUUUCUAUUACGACCCUUCUCUAAAAAAAAGCUUUUU